CAAGGUGUAUUUAUUUUGGAUAACGCCUCUGAAAGAACAAUCAGAUGACCUAAGAGUUCCAAAUAUUAGCAACAUGUGGUCAAACUCUGAACUCUCACUACACGACAUCACAUUCUACACAGUGUAAGAUUCACUCAUUAAUAACAAAUCGACAACCCCCGCUUCAUUUCCGCGCGUGAUUCCACUGUCAUCCGAAACACGGCAAUACCCCACCCACCUCUCCCUGCAUCUUAUAAAUACCAAAUUCCGCAGUGACUCGUAAGACCACCACGAAGAUGGAGGCAUCGUCAUCAAUAUCUGCAGUAGAAAAAAUCUUGAACUACACUUUCAAGAACAAGCAACUUGUGGAAGAAGCUCUAACACACUCCUCUUACACUGCCUCGCCCAAUUAUCAGCGCCUCGAGUUCAUUGGCGACGCUGCUCUUGGGCUCGCACUCAGCAACCAUGUCUUUCUCGCUUAUCCCGAUCUUGAUCCCGGUCAUUUGUCCUUGUUGCGUGCCGCUAAUAUCAGUACUGAGAAACUCGCUCGCGUUGCUGUCAAACAUGGCCUCUUUCGCUUUUUGAGACACAACGCUACUGCUCUCGAUGACAAGGUAAAGGAAUUUAGUGAUGCUGUGCUGCGUGAAGAAGAUGAGGCAGUUGCUCAUGGGGGCACAGUGAAAGCGCCUAAAGUUCUUGCUGACAUUGUGGAGUCUGUAGCUGCUGCUGUUUAUGUCGACGUAAAUUUCGAUCUUCAAAGACUUUGGGUGAUAUUUAGAGGUCUUUUAGAGCCAAUAGUUACGCCUGAAGACUUGCAGCAGCAACCGCAACCAAUGACAAUGUUGUUUGAGCUGUGUCAAAAGAAAGGGAAGGAAGUCGAUAUCGUACAUUGGAAAAGUGGGACAAAAAAUAUUGCUAGUAUUUACGUCGAUGGAGGUUUUGUGGCCUCCGGUUCUUCUGAACAAAAAGAAACUGCAAAGCUUAAUGCUGCCAAGGGAGCUUUGCAGAAGUUAUCUCAUUUGAUGCCUUCUAACCUUGGUCAUUUUGAAGAUGUCCUGAAGACCAUCGGUGGAUCAUUUGAGAUUGAAGGAGCAAAAAGGAAGCUACAUGAACUCUGUGGCAAGAAAAAAUGGCCCAAACCAACUUACAAUUCAGAGAGCCGCCAACUGGUAGGAGAGAUAAACUGGAUAAGAUGAGACUUCGAGAUCAUUUAUUUUUCUUUUCAGCUUGGAGGGUGUAUUGGGGCAUGGAGGAGCAGUAAAUAAGUUGGGGCCUUGGGUUGCUAGGAGGUCAGGGACUUGAGAAAAGCUAUAGUGGCCUAUGGAACUGAGGUGGGGAAUGACUGCUAAUAUUAGUAAGGCUUUAUAAUGCGGAGUUCUUAUGAUGAGUAGCUGAUCUUACCCUUCUACUCCAGGUUGGACAAGCAAAAAAAACUACGCUAUUGGUAAAUUAUGUUGAUUAGGCUUUGCCCUAUAGCUGCUUUGGUGGCCAAAAAGCUGUUUUUGGAUCAAGCAAGCAUAGGGCAAAACAGAUUUGACAUAUGAACUGAGCAGUUCUUGGUAUGUUUGCCGUUUGAGUUUGUAUUAUAUGUAAAUCAUUCUUCAUAUACUGACACCAAGCUUCUCUAGAGUUUGUUUCUAGGUGAUUCACUAGUUCUAGAACAUGAGGUGGGGAGAAGAAAUAGCAUGACCUGUCAUGCACCAUUUCAUAAUCUCAGGACCGAAAAUUCUGAGUGCACUCUCUGUUGAGAACUAUAAGUAUACAGGAUCAGAGAGUUAGAUUAGCUCUAAUUGUUACUUUGAACUCUUUCCAUUCAUUCAGCUGUAAAAACUAGCCAAUGGUUUAGCAAAGAUACAGUGGAAACUGAGAAUUUGCUACUUGACAAGUUUCCAUUCAUUUGUAGUUAGUUCCCCAUCUA